AUGAAUCUCAAUACCCUCUGCCUGAACGACAACGAGCUUGAAGGAUCAGUGCCGAGCACGAUUGCUCAGCUGCAGCAGCUCUCAUGGCUUUGCCUUUCCCACAACUCUCUCAUUGCCAACCUCGGCGACCUCUCGCCUCUAUACAAUCUAAUCAAAUUGGAGCUCUCAAGCAACAACCUCUCAGGCGCUAUCCCCCCUUCCAUCUCUGGCCUCCGCCAAGUUGUAACUCUGAAGCUCGACAACAAUGCGUUGGAGUCUCCUACUCCUCGAAGCUUGAGUGCACUGAGUCACCUAUACAUUCUGGAUCUGAGCAGAAACAAGUUCUCAGAGGAUUUUCCGACUGUGCUCACCCAGAUGACACAAGUUGGGAACAUGAAGCUGAGCAACAAUAACUUCACUGGCAGCAUCCCUGCCUCCAUCACCUCUCUCGCUUCCCUCACCUACCUUGAUCUAGGCUACACAUUGCUAUCGGGCACAAUCCCCACCGCCUUCACCAAAAUGCACACCUCUCUCACCUUGACCUUCGCAUACCAACACUCACAGGCACCAUCCCGGCCUCCAUGGGCGCCAUGCUCAAUCUGCAAACAAUUUAUGUCAACUACAGUGCGACUCCAUGCGGUUCUGGGUGGUGCGAGGUGGUGCAGCACUCUGGCACAGCCUUCUGCCAUGCCUGCACCGAUUUCUGCAACACGUGCUCUCGACGGGCUCCCGCCCCUCCGAAGUGCCGGAAGAAGCGCCGUGCCUGCUCACUCAAGUCCUGCCCGGGCCGCAUCUGCAUUUCCUUCGUCCGCAACUGCAAAGGUUACAAGUGCAUCUGAUGCACAUGCAUCCACGUGCAUGGCCAUGCAUGUUAUGUGUGGUCCUUCACAGUUUUCCAUUUUCUCCUGUAUAAAAACCCCAUAA